AUAGCAACAAGAGAUAAAAACAUACAGAAGAUCUAGAAAGAUAGCGAGAAUCAUUAGACAUGGAGCUGGAAGUAGGAGUCAGACUAACCAGAGAACAAGGAGAUCUCACCUUCGCUUCAACUGAAACCGAGGCUGUCUUCAUUCUCGCUGCCCACCUACCAGGUUUCAGCAAAGAUGAGAUUGACGUAGCUGCAAACGAGGAAGAAAAGCAGAUUAGCAUCAGAGGAGGAGGUCGCAUUGCUUGCCAACAGGCUGUAAUCACCAGAAGAGUAGCCAUAACUCGAGAGGUCUCAAUUGAAAGUUUCGACGAGUCAUUUCCUGUUCCUGAAAGUGUGGAUUGGGAUGGUAUCGAUGCAUCGUUUGAUGAAGAAGAGAAAAUCCUAUUCAUUUCGAUUCCUAAAUUGUUAAUGAAUGAGUGCUCGUGGAUAAGAGAAGAAGAAACAGCAGAGCAUCUGAUUCAAGAGGAACAACGAGUAGAAACACAAGUACCAACACAUGAAGAGAAGAAUGGAAAGUCUAAGCUGAUGAGGCCGUAUAAAGGAAAGGAGAAGUUAAAGGAGAUGGCAAGAGAUUCAAUGCAACCCUCGCCGGCUGAACAGCUGCAACCAGGAGCAGCAGGUGUGGAGGGACCUUAUCAGGUGCUGGAAACUGAGCUGAUUGAAUCAAGAAAGGAAUACGAAGACAUAAAAAUAGAAGAGAACAGAGAGAUAAAACGUGAGAAACCAAAAGUGAAGACAGCUGAUGAAGUGCUAGAAGCAGAACAGAUUGAAUCAGAAGAUGGACGAAUGGAAUUACGACCAAAGGAGAGCUAUGAAGAGGGGCCAGAUAGAAGAAAAUCAGAAAUAGAGAUUGAAGGAACCAAGGAUGCAGCGCCCCAACUAACGGACUCUGAAAUAGAGAGACGAGCAUCAAUUGAAAUUAAGGAAGAGCCAAUCGAGCCUCAUCAAAAGGAUGGAAAAUCUCAAUUAGAGAUAACAGAUCAAGUAAUGAAAGCCAAACGGCCAACAAAAUCACAAGAAAAAGAGGAAGCAAUGCAAAAACAAGAGCAGGAACACAGAGAACUAGAGCAGCUGCUUCAUGGAUUCAAGGAUGAUGAAGAUCGCCGACUAAAGGGUCCAGAUGAAGAGCCAUUCAGAGCAAGAGAGUCACUGAAGUCAAAAGAAUUAUCACUAGAUCUUUAUAAACAGAUAACAGAGGAGCUGACUUUGAAAGCGCCUAAAGAAAUGCAGGAAGCUGCAGAACCAAGAAAAGCAGAAAAAGAAGCAAAAGUAAAACCACAGUUACAGCAAUCACAAGAAAAGGAGGUGAAUGAGCGGAAGACACCAAUAGAAGUGCAAUCAUAUGAGAAAAUGAGAACCAGAAAAGUUCAAGUACCGAAAGAACCAGACAAAGACUUCAAACAAUAUGAACACGAAGUACAGGAAGAUGAGAAGCCUAUAGAAGUGCCAGCGUGUGAAAUGCCCAAAGCUGUUGAGUUGCCACAUAAGGAAGAACCGAAAACAAAGGCUCAUAAACUCCAUGAAGAUGAAGAUCACCAAUGGAUGGGUCAUGUCAAAGAGGUAUCGAAAACAAGAAUGCCCCUAGAUUUAGAGGAAAAAUAUAAAUCUUUCCAGAAGGAAGAGGAAUACAUGAAAGAAAAGGCUAAGAAACCAACUGGGAUAGCGCAUAAACUAUCUGAAGUUGCAGAAUCAAGAAAAUUUGAAGCACCUAAAAAAGAUGUAGAGCAACCAGAAGAGCAGGAGCUAGAAAACAAGACUAUAAUACAACCACCACGUGAGAAAGUAAGUGCUAAGAAAUCUUCAGAACCAAAUGAGAAAGUUGGAGUCAAAGAACCUGAUCAAACACUAGAUGCAGGGCUGAUUCAAUCAGAAGAUAUAAAGGAAGACUUACAACAACAUGAUGAUGGAGUGAAGAAGCAAGACGAGUUCAUAGUAGUGCCAACAUAUGAGAAGCCCGAUGCUGCUGGAUUAAAACAACAUAAGCAAGAAGUUCAGGUACAUGAGAAUCCUAUAAUAGCGCCAACAUGUGAGAAGCCUCCAGUCACAACACCAGAUCAAGGGCUGGAAGAUGAAGAACAUUCUCAACCAGAACAGCUGGUGAAAGAAUUUCAACGGAGCAAGGAAGAAUUGCAGGAAAAAGAAAAGCUAGCAAUAGUGCCAGCAUGUGUAAAGUCCAAAGCUGCUGAGUAUUCGAGAAAGGAAGAAUUUCAGGAAGAUAAAAAUCACCAACGGAAGGGACCUGAUGUAAAAACAUCUGCAACCAAAAAGUUGCUUAUACUAGAGGAAGAAUCACAACUUCUCCAGAAAGAACAGGAAAUAAUGAAAAAAGAAGCUCAGAAGCCGACAAUGAGAGAAAGUAAAAGACUUGUAGAGGCUAUAGAACCAAAGCAAUCAGAAGAAAAAGAAGUAGAAGAAGAGCUAGACCAACCAGAAGAAGUAGAGGUACAAAAGGGAAAGAUGGAAAUAGUGACAACUCAUGAAGAAGUUGAGCAAGAAUUUCAGAUCACUAGAAAAAGUCAUGAUGAGAUUAUUCCGGAAUCACCGGAACCGGGAAAACAAGAGGAACCCCUACCUAAGGAGUCAACCACUUUACAGAAAGAAUUAACACCAAUGCUAGAACAAAUAAAAUCCAAAGAACAUCAUAAUCCUACAGUGGAGACACUCCAUCAGACUUCUGAUAUGAUAGAGUUCAAAGCACUAGAAGAACCAGCGCUAUCAACUGCUAAAGCACCAAAAACCAACGGGAUUUCAAAAGGACAAGAAGGAUAUCAGAAAAAAGAAUCAGUGAAAUCAGAGAAACCUAUUGCAGGGCUACCAUUUAAAGCUCCAAAAAUAAAAGAGUUUAGAUCACUUGAGGAACAAGAGCAGGAAUUUCAAUCUCAAAAGAGAGAAUAUAAAUCCAAGAACUCUGAUCCACAUCAAAGCAAAGAAAGACAGAGAGAAACACAGAAUGUAAUGCCAACUUACAAUCAAGAAAUAGAAAAAGAAAUUCAAGAGUUAGGUGAUGAAGAAAGUUUCAAACGUGACAUCAUCUUGAAGUCACCAGAAAAGUUUCUAGAGCAAAUAAAACCUGAAAAAGAAGUUCAGAAACACAAGUUAGUGAUAAAGAUAAAAGAAUCAAUAAUACCAAAGCAAAAACUCUUACAACCAGAGGAAGAUGAGAUGCAAACCGCUCAAGAUUUCUCUAUUUUCAAGAAACCAGAAACGAAAGCAAUGAAAGAAAAACAACGCUCAGAACAAAAUCAAGAAUCCAAACACCAGAAACCUGCAGAGGAUUCAUCCUAUCUAGCAUCAAAAACUACAAAGUUGAUGGGACUAGAAAAGCUAGAAUCACAAGAUAAAGUAUCACCGGUGCACAGGAAACUUGAGCCUGGAAAGACAAAGGAGAAAGAAGAACAAAGAGCGCAGCUUAGUAAAAAGCCAACGAAUCAGGAAGCAACUCCAUUGUUGGUGUCAGAAGAAGAUAAAGAUGAGAUUGCAAUUGCAAAGAUGCUGGAAAUCGAAUGGAUGCCAGAAUUGCAGGAACCUUAUAAGAAACCUGAAAAGUCUUUGUCUGUAGAAUCAAAAAUGCAACCCAAACCGGCCCAGAAAGUAGAAGCAGAGGAGCGGGUGUGUCCUUCUUUGGGGGCUGAGCUACCUGACAAACAAGCAAUAGAAACAUCAAAACCAGAGUCACAAACUAAAGAAGCUAACAAAGUUACUGAAUCUUCGAUACCACAUGUAGAAUCCAAAGAACAUCAGAAACCUACAGUGGAGGCCCCCUAUCAAACUCUUGACAGGACAGAAUUCAAAGCACCACAAGAACAAGAACGCACAACUCCUAAGAAACCAGAUACCAAAGAGACUCCAGAAAGACAACAAAGAUAUCAACAAAAAGAAUCAAAAGAAUUUGAGAAGCUUGUAGCAAACAAAAUAAAAGAGUCUAGAUCACUAAAAGAGAAAGAGCAUGAGCUCCAAGCAAAACAGAAAGAAGAAGAUAAAACCAAGAGCCAUGAGCCACAUCAAAGUAAAGAACGGACAGAACGACUAAAAGAAUUACAAAGUGUAAUGCCAACCUACAAUGAUGAAAAAGAAAUGGAAAUUCCACAGUUAGCUGAUGAAGAAAUUCAACAAUUAAAGUCGCCUGAACAGUUUCCAAAGGUAAUAAAACCUGAGAACGCGGCUCAAACACCUCAAGCUGUGAAAGAGAUAGAGGAAUCAGUGAUGCCAAAGCAAAAACGCAUUCAACUAGAGGAAAAAGAGGCGCCAACACCUCAAGCUGUGUUUAAAACACGUCAUCCAGAACCCAGUCACGAAUCCAAACAACAAAAACCUGCAGAACAGCCACCGUACAAAGUAUCAGAAGAGCAAGAAUUGCAAGAAGAAGAAGUAUCGGUGCACAAGAGAGCUAAGCCAUGGAAGACAAUCGAGAAAGAAGGACAGCAAAGAGGGCAGCUUAAUAGAAAGCCAAUAAAACAGGAAGAAACCAUAUUGCUCGACUCAGAAGCGGAGAUAGAAAAGAUCCCAAAUGCAAAAACGCUGGAAAUCAAAGGGGUGCUAGAAUCACAGGAACCUUAUAAGAUGACUAAAGAGACUUUGCAUGUAGAAGCAGAACUGCAACUCAAACUGCCCAAUGAAAUAGAAGCACAAGAGACAUUGCGUCCUGCUGUGGGGGCUCAGCUACCUGACAAGCUAGCAGUAAGACCAUCAGAACGAGAAUCACAAAAUGUUCCGCAAGCUACUGAUUCUUCGAUGCCACUUUUACAGCCGCUCGAAAGUAAGCAGAAAAAACAGCUCGAAGGACCAAGGAUUCGACAUUUUAUGGAGGAAGUAUCUAAACAGAAACCGGAACAACUUAAUCAACCGGAUGAGGAAGAAGCGCAUAAAAGAGAAAGUCCUAUGCAGGAACUAGCACGCAAUGGGGCGAUACUAGAACCACCUGAUAGCGCAGAACGUACCACUGCUUUGAUGGAACAAGAAUUAUACCGAUAUGAAGAGGGGGAACUUGCACGAGAUAUAGAAUCGCCAACAUUACUGAAACCUCGGCCUUUUCCUAGUACGCACGAUGACAGAAAAGUACUAGAACAUGAUGAUACUGCAGCGGAGCAACCAAAACCGCUGCCCAUUAUAAGGGUGAUGAUGAAGACUGACAGAUCACCACACCAACUAACCAUGAAGAAAAAAGCAACAGAACCUACUACAUCUCCACCCAGGAUAAGAGGAGCAGUGGAGCCAGAAGGAUCGCCGCUCCAACCAUCUCCCUAUGAUGAAGCGAUAAAACGCGAGUUCCCUGCAUUGAUUCAAAAGGAAUUGCAUACCUAUAGCGAUAUCCAAAAACCCGAGAAAGAAGAAACGGUAUCGCGCCAAAUGCCAGAAUUCGAAGAAGCCGAAUCAGAGCAAGGAGGAAAAACCAAAGAACAACCAGCGUUACAUAUAGCGAAAAUAGAAAUAGAAAGGCCUACCCAAGAGGUACCACAAAAAAUCUUUGAAUCUCCACAGCAAGAAGAGAAUCCACCUUCGCCGUUUGAUCACGAAAUAAAAGCCCUAGAAGUUUCCGGCGAUGAUUCAGAAGCCUCGGGAGCCGAAAUGGACAAAACCACAAAGGUGAAAGAGUUAAGUAAGCAGCGCCAUAUCCAUUGCCGGUGCCAUGGCCGCCGCCCGGCUUUCCCCAUUCCUCCUUCCACUCUAUUAUCGGGCUCCGCCUUCGUCUUUUCCAUUAUGGUCCUCGUUUUCCAUUUUAUCAAGCGGAAAAAAAUCCAAUUAGAACUAUUAAAUAGGGCGAGCAAACCAGGAGAACCGGUUCAGUAG